UCCGGCUACACUGCGUUGCACAGGGACCGCUAGCUUUCGCUAACCGCUAGAUUCGCUAGGCUAGCUUCGCUCGAUUCGCUACGUGCUAUGCAACACGCCAAUGGUGACAGACAAAGCUUUGGUGCCAAUGGCAGAAGGAAGUGAAAUUAAAUACGAUGUUAUUGUCAUCGGCGGGGGCAUAUCUGGUCUGACGACUGCCUUCCAUCUCAAGAAAAGAGAUCCCAAACUGAGGAUAAUUGUGCUAGAAGCGAAAGAUCGUGUUGGAGGCCGCACUCAGACCAUCUCACUCAAGUCGAAGGAUGGAACAGACAAAUGGGAUAUUGGCGGCCAGUGGGUUGGAAGGUGCCAACCUCAUAUUAUGUCACUCCUGCUGGAGCUUGGUCUGGAAACCCACCCUCAGUAUACAAAAGGAAAAAAAAUCCAGCAGCUUUCUGGGCCUAAUAUAUCCACAUUCAGUGGUGAUCUACCUUCUCUGUCAAUCUUUGCGCUGAUAGACCUCCAUCAUUUCAUCUCAAAGGUGGAAAGCUGCAGAAAGCUUGUGAAAUCAGAUGAUCCUUAUGCAUGCCCCUUGGCAGAAGAAUGGGACUCUAUCUCAGCAGAGCACUUUAUUCAAGAAAACUGUUUUACACAAGGUGCUAUUGAUGCAGUGAAUAUUGCCAACAGAACAAUAUUUGGAACAGAGUCGUCCCAGCUUUCUUGUCUCUUUUGGUUUGCAUACAUCAGUGCUGCAGAUGGAAUUAUUAAGCUCUGUGAAGCUAAAGAAUUCACAGCACAGGAAAGUACAAUCAAAGGGGGUGCACAGAAGAUUUCUGAACUGCUAGCGGAACGCAUUGGCCACAAAAACAUACUACUUCAGCAACCUGUAGUCCAUAUUGAACAGACUUGCAAGGAUGUAAAGGUUACAACAAAGACAGGAGAAACAUACAUUGCAAAAUAUGCUGUGUCUGCUAUGCCUCCACCCCUUUUAGACUUCAUCACCUUCAGCCCUUCCCUGCCUGAAUUUAAAAGAGAAAUGUGCAAAAGAAUGACACUUGGCAAUUACACCAAAAUCAUCAUUACAUACCAAGAGGCAUUCUGGCGCAAAGCAGGUUUCUCAGGUGAGGUUAUUACAAAUGGAGGGAUUACUGCUGUGCCUAACUGCUCUUCGGGUCCACUUUGUAUAAUAUAUGAUGCCUCUCUCUACAAUAACAGCCCUGCUCUUCUAGGAUUCAUUGCUGGUGAUGUAAAAGUAGAGUGGACUCAGCAAUCACCAGAGACACGAAAAAGAGCAGUUUUAGAUCAAGCUGCAGAUUACUUUGGGAAGGAGGUGUACAGUUACAUUGACUACUUUGAGAAGGACUGGAACCAGGAACCAUAUUCACAUGGUGCACCAGUCUGCAUUAUGCCUGUUGGCAGCAUGCCCGUCUUUUCAAAAGCCAUCCGACAACCCUUUGAAAGGUUGCAUUUUGCGGGGACAGAAACAGCUACCUCCUGGUGUGGUUACAUGAAUGGUGCAGUGCAGGCAGGUUUGAGGGCAGCAGCGGAGGUACUGGAGAAGCUAAGACCAGAGGUAUUAAUCAGUGAGGACUAUGGUGCACUUCAAGGCUCAACUCUUGCCACCAGGCCGGCACAGGGACUCAGUAAACAGCGGUGGCUGAAGCAGCCACGCAGAAGUUUCAUUGGAGCCUCAUUCUUGAAGUGGACCAUUGGUUUUGGUAUCAUGGUUGGCAUCUUCAUGAUGGCAAAGAAAACUAAGUUCUAUAGGUCAUUUUGAUUUUGAUGUUUAAAAUACUGACAGGGGCAGUAUGAUGGUUAAACCAUAGACGUCAAACGAAGUGUAGUAUGCUUAUGGAAUAUUGACUACGUUUCUGUUUUUAAAAUAAUUUUUAAAAAUGCUUCCCUUAGUCUGGUGUAAGCUCUUUUGAGACGGUUUUUCAAUUUUUUGAUUUUUAACGCCUUUAUUUUACUUAUUGAGGACAUAUUGUAAUGGAAGAUAAUUUGUAGGUGAAGUGAAUGCAUGCAUCAUCGUUUUACAUUUGUGAUCUAUUUAUUUAUGAUUUAUAUUUAACUGAUUUAAUGUUACAAGCAAGCAUGUACAUUCUAUAUUUUAAAAAUAAUUAUAAAAAUUCCCCUCUUCCUUCCCAAGUCUGAUGUAAACUCUAUUGGGACACUUUAUCAGUUUUGCAAUUUUUGACCUUUUGAUGCUUGUUUUUGUAUUAUUUUAUUGUUGUAAAAAAAUUUAAUAAUUAAUCUUUCAAAACAGAGAAUAAAAUAACACUCUGAAUGGAUUUUUUAAAAAUGCCAAAGUGUUCAGCAUAGUUUUUUUUCCCCAAUGGUGUUCCACACUAUGAUUCAUGACAAUAAGUUAUUGGUCAUUUUUUUUUCUUGUAGAACAAAAUUUAUAGCUCUUAUGUUUGGAGAGAUGAUCAGGUAUAAGGUGGCACAUGAUUCAUAUGCACUGCAAAAAUAUAGAAUUGGAUCAAAAUAACAAAAAUAAAAGCUGUUGUCUUCUGUUGGAACUAAAAUACAAACCAUUUUCUCAUUGCACAAAUGUUUGCAUUUAACAUGGAGAACUUGUAAUGGACACAUUAAAUAAAAUUACAUGCUUUGAGAUAUA